AUGAAAAUUAUAAAUGAAGAGUAUUGGGUCCCAGGAAAGGGAAGAGAACUAGCGAUAAAAUAUGAGCCAGUAAUUUUAGGGAUAUCUUUUUUAUAUAUUCCAUUAAUAUUUAUAUUUCAAAAAAUAAUGAAAAAUAAAAAAGAAAUUGAAGCAAAAUAUAUAAAAAUUUUGUGGAAUAUAAGCUUAUCGUUUUUGUCAUUUCUAGGAGCUUUAUUUAUUAUAUUAUAUGAUAAAAAUGUUUUAAAAUAUUUAAUUUUAGAAGAAAAAGAAUAUAGUGCUAUAACAAGAGCAGUUAUAUGUAUAUUUACAUUAACAAAAGUAGUAGAAUAUGGUGAUACAUUAUUUUUAAUAUUAAAAAAAAAGAAAUUAACAUUUUUACAUAGUUAUCACCAUUUAAGUGUUGUAAUAUAUUGUUUAUACUCUCAAAAAGAAUUAGUAUCACAUGCACAUUAUUUUGUAUUUUUAAAUUUAAUAGUACAUAGUAUUAUGUAUUGUUAUUUUGGUUGUAUAUAUAUUAUACCUAAAAUAGUAUAUAGGUUCCGUAAACUUAUAACAUGUUUACAAAUAUUUCAAAUGUUUAUAGGAAUAUUUAUUUCCUAUUAUGCUAUCCAAAAUGUAGACAACCAUGUUUAUGUAAAUAAUGCGAUUGCAAGUUUUACUUUAUAUUUAACAUAUGCAUUUUUAUUUUUAAAUUUUUAUUUUAAUAAUUAUUAUAGAAAUAUAAAGGGAGAUGUUGCUACGUACAUGAUAAGUAUGCAUGUACUAGGAUUUAUAGGAUUUAUAAUGGUGUGUAAAAGUAAAGACAUUUUUAAAUUAUUUAUUGAAGUAUUAGUAGGAUGUAUAUUUACAUUAUCUUUAUUAAAAUUUUCAUUUUAUUUUAAUGAAAAAUAUUAUCAUUCCUUUAAAAACAAAAUACCAGAAACAAAUUUUAAUGAACAAAUCCAAAUGUUCAAAAAAUAUAAAAAUAUUUAUUAUUCCAAUAUGGCUUUAUUAAAAAAAAUUAUUAUUAAUAUGAUAAAAACAUUUUUAUUAUGUUUUAAUGGAUUUGCAACAUAUGCACAUGAUAAUAUUUUUAUUUUUGUAAAUUUCUAUUCGAAAAAAAUUAAAGAAAUUCAAAAUGAAGGGAACAUCAUAGAAAAACAAGAAGCAGAAAAUUGUCACACUUCUAAGACAGAAAAUUGUCACAUUGCUAAGACAGAAAAUGAUCAUAUUGCCAAAACAAAAAAUAGAAAGCAGACUAAUUCUUUUCCAGACAAUAUACAAAAGUCUAAUAAAAUUAGUAAAGAGGAUAUAGAGAGAAAAAAUAAAAACUCUUUAAACUUUCAAAGUUGUUUAAACUUUCAAAAUUGUUAUAACUUAAUAAAAUAUAUAUAUAAUACUUCUAUCAUAUCCUAUAUAAUAUCAAAGCCACCUAUAGAGACCAUUUCAAGAAAAGAAAAUCACAAGAAUGAUGAAAUAUCAGUAGAACACAAUAUUUAUAAAAAUUAUAACGUGUUUUAUAUAAUUAAAAAGAUAAUAGAAUGUUAUUUAUUAUAUCUUAUUUGUUUAAUUAUGCCAAUAUAUUAUGGACUUAAAGUUUAUAACGAUGCGGUAUUAGGCUUAUGUGUUCAUGGGGCAUUUCGAUGGGUUAUUGAAAUAUACUUUACUAAAAUAUUUAAAAAAUCAGAAAAAAGAAAGUAUUACUAA